AUGGAGGCCACUGGCAAGACUACUCUUCGUCCAUGGAUGCUUGAGACAAGCUGGCUUGCGGUUAUUUUGUUCUGUCUGUUCCUUGCUGGCGUUCAAGUUGGCGCCGUACAGCACGACACGAGAGUGAAGACGCUCGUGGAGACCAGCUAUGUCCUGGGUGCCCUGCCGCCUGCGUAUGGCAACCUAACACUGCCUGAACCGACUCCCAUCAACGAGUACCUCCGCACCAACACGACGCUGAAGAACUACCUCUUGCCGUCAGACCCCCCGCUGCAGCUCAUCAAAGCGCAGUACAUCGAUAUUGGAGAGAUGCUCGUUUCGGUCUUCAUAAUUUCAAUCUUCGUGGGCCUGAUAGUCAGCUUAGUGCUGACGGGGAACUGGUCGGAAAACGUUGAUGAACUCCGAAGCUUCAACCUGCCUGAUCCGGACACCAAGAUCAACCCUCUUCUUCAAGCCAACAACAUUUCGCUGAGUCUUCAUCGUUGCAAGGCCACCAGACGUCGGGAUGGGGGAAGCGAAAGACCCCUCUUUCAAUUCUACAUAGGCAUGCCCAAGGGCAUGUGCGCUCAGAUUCUGGCGGCGGGUUCUCCAUACGGGGAGUAUCUGUCGGCGGAUCCACAGACCUGGAAUGAUGAUAAAGGCGAGAUUCCUUUCAAGACGUUUGUCUCGGCAUUUGCGACGCUGAGCUUCACCCCCAUCCUUCUGUUCGAAGUGAUCUACCUUGCUUGUUUCGUCAGCUAG